GUUCGAACGGGCUUGUCAAGAAACUUAAAGUAAGCUGCCCUGUGAAUGAGUCAAGCGCUCAGGAAGUGACGAACCUGAUUUUCUGUGUCAUGUGAAGAACUGUAAUAAUUCGAUUCAGUGGAAUAAGAUUAGUUUAAGAUCAAAAUGAACGCACUCAUCUUGACUUUCGCCAUCCUCUGUGCCGUUUGCGGUGCAUCCGCCCAGAUCUAUCUGAACCAGCCGAUUGCCCUGGCGCUUCAACAUCAGCCAGUUCAACACGAGCCGGUCUCCUUGGCACAUCCGGCUGUGGUGGAAAAUGCAAUGCACGAAGCUCAGUACCCGGCGGAGCUGCAGAAUAACUUUUACAAAAACCCACACAUUGCCGAAGCGCUUGCGAAGGAGUCGUGGUUUGGCGACAAGGAGAUGCCCGUGUUUGAGCGAGCGGCUGAUAAAAUUCCACGCGAUCGUAUUGCUAAAAUCAUAAAGAAUGCCGGAUUUAUCCGCCGACGUUAAGCUGGGUUAAGAGUUAGAUUUGGUGCAAAAAUAUUUCUAAACAUGAUUGUCUCAGGAUUGUGAUGCUGAAUAUUGAUUGGAAUUCGACGAAUGUGAUGUUGUAGCUGUUCUUGAUAGAUUUUUUGUAAAUAUAGAUUAAAAAUGUUCCUGAAUCGAGUGUACUGAUGAAUGUUGUGCCUGGAAUGUAUUGAUACUAUUUAUUCUGUAAAUAAAUAUCUUUAAUUUAUUUUUUAAUA